CUUCUGUAUGACUUCUGUACUUCAUGAACGAAUACCAAUAAAAUGUUAUGAAUAGAAAAAAGCACUCCGUUAAAAAUUUCAAAAAUGUUUCGAAGAUUAACAUCAACUAUAACUAAAGAAGUACCGUUUGUUCGAUCAUAUGCUACUAGAUACUUCAAUAAACAUGAAGGAAUAUUUUAUCCUGGGGGUUUCACAUAUUAUCCAAGGGAUGAAAACGAAGUAACACCAAAAAUAGAUCCACCAAAAUUAUUUAUGGUAAAGAGGAUUAAACCCUUCAAAGGCAAUCCACAUUGGGAGAAAAAAAUUCUUCGUGAUUUUAAACUUGAGGGAAAUGAUGUAGCAAUUGUUAAAAAUAUCCCUGAAAAUAACGGACGACUGUGGAGAGUUAAACAUUUAGUGGAAAUUAAACCUAUUACUUUUCCAAACGGUGAACCUACAGAAAAUGAUAUCAACUGUUCAUAUUUAAAAGAAAAUGGCGAGCUUAUUAUUUCAAAAUCCCUUGAAGUGUCCAAGGAAAGACUUGAAGCUACUGAAAAAUUUAAAAACGAUCCAGUUAAAUUAGAUGGUAAUACUUUGAGAGUUCAAUCUCGGAAAAAAUGGUUGUCUGGCUGGUGAAUUUUAUUUAUUUUGUAUAAAUUUAGUUUUAAUU